AUGGACGCGGACAUCGUUCUCAAUGAGCUGUUCAGCGACGGUGCGGAGCUUUGUGUGGAGUAUUCAGACGGGCCGGUGGCCUACAGGGCAAGGUGGGAAGGCCGACCCAAGACGCCCCCCUUCAAGUGGGGAAAUGACGGAGAGGAAGUGCCCGCCCACGACGCGUGGCUGGCGGAGUUGGAUUUGAGGUUGGAGGGUCUUGAGGCCCUUGUGUCCCCUGAACUGGUGAAGAAGGACGAGUCCCAUGGGGAGACGGACCUCGCAGCAGUGAAGAGCCUGCUUGUCCAGUACGCUGGCGGUCUGCAAGCAGCGUUCCUGUACUAUGAGUGCGAUGGGCAGAAGCCGCCAGAUACCAUGGGGAGGAUGAUAAUGACGCAGUUCCGGGCUCUCAUGCAGGCAUCCAAGGCUGUGACACCUAAAUUCACGCCUGAAAAAGUAGACGAAAUAUUCACGACAGUCGCAACAGGCUCUCGCUCGCUGGAACGCAAGGUCGAUGCUACGGGCGCGUCUACCUUCGACUUGAUUGAUUUCUUUUUGGCCAUUGUGCAUACUGCCUAUCACAGGUAUGCGUGCGAAUCUGGAGAGGACAUGGCAUCGUACUCCCCACUCUCCUCGAAGCUUCAGACGCUCAUGAGCGACUGCUUCUCCGCGCGCGUCUUCCCGGAGCUCUCCAAAAAGAUGGAGAAGUUUAAGGAGGCCUUCACAACGGGGACGGACAUGCUGCUGAAGAAAGGCCGCCGACUCACGGAGCACACCUUGGCUUCCUGCCAGCUGAAACGCGUCAAGUCCGUGGAAGUCCGCGUGGGCCUCAAGUACUUGUGCAACCACCUUGCGAGGUGGAACCUGCUGGGAAGGGAGUUCAGCCUGCAGGAUUUGGCCUACUUCACGAUCGCUGCCAAGCAGCAGAGCGACAACCCCGAGGAGUUCGAGCUCCAGCCGCAGCCAUUGGACCUAAACGCCAACGAAUUCGAGAGGCUGCUGCUCUUCAUGGCGCAUUACAUGUACCGCAUGAAGAAGAAGCACGAACCGUUUGAGGAGUUUCUCGGGGAGACACUGGACGAAGUUUACAAGAAGUCCAAUGUGCUGGUGGACAUGAACAAGCUUGAAGAUAACCUGUGA